AUGGCAUCUACAAAGUUCAACAUUCCUCUGUAUCCCACAUGGGACGACCAUGUUGCCUAUCUAUUCAGUCGGCCGUUCUGGAUAGUCGAUUCAGACCCUGAGGCUGUUGGUCGACAUUGGAUUUCGCAAAUGCACGACUAUAGCCCUUCCGCUCCCAGACAUCUCCACUUGGACCUCUCUUCCCUGGAGUCUGUCAAAUCCAAUGUUGUGACCAUUUAUCAACACCUCCGCUCCCGUUCCAUGCCAAUCACCAAGAACCCAAAUCACUUCUGGCCGGAAGAAGCUUUGGAGAUAAUGCGUCUAUGGGCAAACCAAGGCUUUCGGAAAUCCACCGAAGAUUCUCUUAGACACCAGGAAGUGAUCCCGGAAGCGAAGGAUUCUAAGAUGCAGUUGAGGAUUAGGAAGGAUGUUCUUCUCUUGUCGGAAGAAGAGAUUCAAGUCUAUCGGGAGAAGUUGGACGAUAUCCUGAAAGUUCGAUCAUUAAACAGCCCAUGGCAGGAGCUCGGGCUGCUUCAUGCCGAAUGGUGCCUCCACUACCAAGAAGCCUUUGUGUUUUGGCACCGCGCAUACUUGAAAUACGUGGAGGAACUGAUUGAUUUCCCUAUCCCCUACUGGAAUGGAUUUGCUGCAGAAUCCAGUGACCCCUCUUCUUCCGACGCUGGUAUACCCUCGAUCUUCUUGGAUGAGUUUUACAUUCACUCCAGUGGUGAGAAACGGAAGAAUCCGUUGAAAUAUGCUUUCUCCUUGAACGGUACCAACAAGUCCGGCACAUCUCCAUAUGUGGAGCGUUACCAGGAGCUGGUUGAUGGUCGAAGCAACCCCAAGUGGAGCGAAAAAGUUGGCAUGUUCGCUCUAUACCAUCGACAAAUUGCGAAUGCGUUGAGUCAGAAGGAAUUCUCCCUCCAACAAGGACAUGGUUAUCCAUGGGGCAAUAUUCCUGAUUUCUCAGAGAAUCAACCAGACAGUCUUUAUCCCACAAGUGCGCGUCAGUAUUUUGAUGGACUAUUUGAACAAGUGCAUGAUAAUUACCAUGGGUGGAUCGGGCCGGAUAUGGCUGAUAACUCCUAUACUGCCUUCGACCCUAUAUUCCUCAGUUACCAUGCAAACAUGGAUCGCAUUGCAGAAAUCUACCUCCGCACUGGUCACGGACGCCAUUUCUCGUCCAACUUCCCUCUUCGUCCCUUCGUGGAUAACGCAUCCGCUCUCGCAUAUGAUGAGCCGCGGGAGUAUCGGUAUACCACCUUGGGGGACAUGGCAAAGCCCACUCAGGCGAUGCGGUACUUGUACGGCUCGCCGAAAUCACCUGAUUUUUUCUUCAUUUCUGAGGAUCUUCGGAGCGCAGCCGUUUCAACUGGUGGGAUGGCCGUAUCCAUGUCAGCAGAGAAACAAAUGAACGGGCUAAAACCAGAAACUGAACUCGGAGUUUAUCGGCCAGGGCAUACACCUUAUGUUGUCUUCUGCGGCAUAUCCUGCCUACAAGAGACCUAUGUGAUUGACGUUUUCAUUUCCCAGGCCUGCAAUCUUGAGCCUGUACCGAAAAAUGGGGAUUACAUUGGACGGGUGACAAGGCUUGGGAUGGGUAAGGGAAGAGGCGAAAGGAGUGGAAUUCGCAAUCCCCAAAGAUGCCAAAAGACACCUAUAACGAGGAUUUUGGAUGCCACGGAUUUUGCAGAAGAUCUACACCAAAAAGGCAUCAUACAGACAGUCACUGAGCUCCAUACAGGAAGGCGCGUCGAUGAAAGUGAAUGGAGAAAAAUGCCCGGCUUCGAGGGUAAAAUCAUAUGGCUUUCAAAGGGAGUGAACUAG